AUGUAUAGUUAACAUAGCUUAAAAUGCGUGACAAAUUACGCCUUACUCAUGGCCUAUUAAAUAGUAUUGGGACUGUUACUUACUACGUAUUCAAUGGAAUGAGCAUGUGAGUAUAAAUUCUCGCGUACAGCUUUUGAAAACAGCAGUUUCAUUGCAUUUGAUUGGCAAGAAGGCAUUCGUUAACCGUGAAAUUGACUUCAAAUUUUCUAAAUAUUUUUGUGUUCAUACUAGUUUUUAAGUUUAAAUUAAAACUUACUAUUUUGAAAGUUCUUCGUGUUAGUGAGAAAUCCUGCUUUAUUUUAUUGCCUGUUUUUAGUCGUAGUAUUAUUUUUAAAUUUAGUGAUUGUCAUGAAUAUGCAAGAAGGUGAUUUUGUUAAAAAAAAGUCCAGAGCUUUGGACAAAAAAGAUGAAAGCAGAAAAGGAUCAGUUGAUAGUUUAAUUGUGGAAUUAGUAGAUUUUAUUAACGCAAAACCGGAUUAUUUUACCACGAGCUCAUGUUCUGGUCGUAUUGUUGUGUUAACAACCAAUGAGAGUGAAAAUAACACGAAACAUACAAGCGCAAAGAAAGGAUGCAAAUGGCACCUUGUAUCCCAUGUUGCAGUAAAUGCAUCAGAUGUUUUAAACUGCUUGAAAUCAGCAGCUGAAUCAACAAGAUUCAAGUUUGAAGGGUUUAUUAUGCAUAUAAAUUGCCGCGACCUAAAAUCAGCCAGUUUAAUGCAAAACGCGGCCUUGUCUUCUGGAUUUCGAAAUUCUGGAAUUACAAUUGGCAAACAUGGUCGUAAUUUACAAGUUGCUAUUCGAGGAACAAUGAACCUUGAAGUACCACUAAUGGACACAGAUGGAAAACGAAUAACAUCAGAUGAAUACAUUGAACACAUUGUUGCAAUGGCCAAUGACAAACUGACCGAAAAUGCCAAAAAAAUUGCGAGAUUUAAUAAAAGUCUUCAUUACCUGCUGCAAAUACAAUGUCAAGACACAUCAAAAAUAAAACCUCGAACUACAAAAACAUUUUCAUCUGAUACCUACAAAGUAAAACCUGCCAAAAAUGAUGACAUUGAAUAUCUUAUUGAAGAUAUAAACACAAUGUUUCAUGACAUGCAAGGAUAAGUAGGCUAUUCAAACUUUUUAAUAUUUUGUUUUUGUUUUUUUAAAUUUUUGUGUAGCACUUUUAAAGAUACAUUUACUAUUAGUGUCUGAUUUUUACGAAAAUAUGUUUAUGGGCUAAACUUUUUUAAAAAUGUGUCGUGUAAAAUAAUUAAUAGUUUAAUGUCAGGAUGCAAGAUUAAUGUAUGUUAUUCAACAAGGCAAAAUGCAUGGCAAAAGCCAGCAAGCCAUAAUGCAUAUGUGUUUAAUAUUUAUCUCUGUGUGAGAGGUUUUCAACCAAAUUUAACUCUUAAUUUCAA